UUCAGUGAGAAAGCAGAGAUAAAGCCACAGGAAGAGAGGGGUGAAGCACAAAAACAGCCCAUUAAGACUCCAUUCACCAAGGCUGACUCUCUUCUCUUGAGACCUGCAUCUCAGGAUUCUACAGCCCCAACUGCUUCAGGAUCUGAGAGUUGCACCGGGGUGUUUCUUGCUUCCUCACAAGGCCCUGUGAGGUGAUAAGAUCCUCAAGAGAGUAAAAAGGACAGCUUCAGCUCUGUGCAUUGGUGUUGGCCUUUAAAAAGCGUGUCUGGGUGGGAAACCUAGCAAGUGAGCUGACAUCAUGACCACCAUGGAGGAAGAGGAUCUGAGCGAAUAUUUCCGUAUGCAGUAUGGACAGAAGUUGCUGAAACUGUUGAUGAAAUUCCCUGUAUCAGAGGAGCAGUCUCCAUCUCCUUCUAUUCGGCUCCUAGAGAAGAAAAAAGAAGCCAAAUUGGUGCAUCAGGCCAUGGAGGCUCAAAAGGAGGCAUUUAAGACAAGGAUGGAAUCCUUGAACAACCGAUGGGAGGAACUUGGAGCAAAAGAGAUCCAACUGAAAGCAUAUAUUCGGAAAUUUGAACAAUUCAUACAGGAGAAUGACCAGAAACGAAUCAGAGCUCUGAAGAAAGCCAACAAGGAACGAGAACUGAAGAAACAGCGAGUGAAAGAGCUGGCCAAGGCCAAGCUGGAGAUGGCAGCUCUCAAGCAGCAGCACCAGAAGCUCUACAACAAGCUACAGCAGUACUCCAUCUUCAACAAAUACCUAGAGAGGGUGGUUCAGGUCUCAGAGUUUGAAGAGAUCCGGGAGGUCAUUGGACGCUACAGGACACUCAUAGGGAUGCACCGUGAUCUUGUGCAAUCGGCCCAAGAGGGGCUGGAGAUGAUUGAGCAAGCCAAAGUUCGCCUGGCUCGCUACAAGGAGGAAAAAGAUGAUGAGAUCCUGCAGCAUAACAAUGAGCUGGCACGCUUGCAGCUGCGUUUUGAUCAUGCUCGCAGUGAUGUUAUUGUCUGGGAGUCCCGUUGGGCCCAUAUCCAAAAUACUGCUGCUAAGAAAACCCUACAGUUGGGCACUAUUAAGAUGGCCACCUUAAACCUCUUCCAGAGUGUAAGCAAACAGAUGAAGGAAGCUUUAAUGGUGCCUGUGGAGGAUACCCAUAAACAGCUGGAUAUGAUCCAGCAGUUUAUCCAAGACCUGUCAGAUAUCUGGGCAGAAGUAAAGAAAAAAGAUCAAAGCCGGUCACAAACAGCAGUGCCUAAGGAAUAGCAGAAGAAAGAGUGUCAUGCUUCCCACCACAACUUCCUUGGCUUACACAUGUUGCUGUGCUGUGCUUGACCUUUCAUGAACAAGGGGCCCGUUCACUGCACAGCAAUUCACUUCCUUCCCAUCCCUCAUUUUUCUUUCCUUGGA